CCCACCCUUGGCGUACAUACAUCGAGCCUCUCCAGCUACGCGAGCUCCUGCAAGCUCCCCACGAGACUGUGGUGAACGCAUUCGCGCUUGCAGGCGGCUUUCCCAUAGGGCUGAGUUUCAAGGCACGCCGCGGCGUGGAAAACGAAGCAGAAAAGUAGUUGCGCUCACACCUCCCGGUCUCAAUUGCGCUAGUGUAUCCGCAGGGAGGAGGUGCAAGCACCCGGCAGAGAAGUCCUAGAACACACACAACCAGAAGAGGCCACAAUGGCGCCGGACCUCAACUCCCUCCCGGCCUCGCCUGCCCAGGGCAAGGCCGUUAACCUCACACGCAGCGGGCUCAACAGCGGCCCUGCCCCGGGCGAGAAGCUGCCCAACAUCCUCUACAUCAUGGCCGACCAGCUCGCGGCGCCGCUCCUCAAGAUGUACAACCCGGACUCGCAGAUCCUGACGCCGAACCUGGACGCGCUGGCGGCCAGGUCGGUGCAGUUCGACUCGGCCUACUGCCCGUCGCCGCUGUGCGCACCCUCGCGCAUGAGCAUGAUCACGGGCCAGCUGCCGAUGAAGAUUGGCGCCUACGACAACGCGUCGUCCAUCUCGAGCGACAUCCCCACCUACGCGCACUACCUGCGCCUCAAGGGCUACCACACCGUCCUGGCCGGCAAGAUGCACUUUGUCGGCGACCAGCUGCACGGCUACGAGACCCGCCUGACCAGCGACAUCUACCCGGGCGACUACGGCUGGGCCGUCAACUGGGACGAGCCCGACACCCGGCUCGAGUGGUACCACAACGCCAGCUCCAUUCUGCAGGCCGGCGUCUGCGUCCGCAGUAACCAGCUGGACUACGACGAGGAGGUCAUGUAUCGGUCCACCCAGUUCUUGUAUGAUCACGUCCGCGAGGGGCCCGGGGCCCGGCCAUUCUGCCUUACGGUCUCGUUGACGCACCCCCACGACCCGUACACCAUCGAGCAAAAGUACUGGGACCUCUACGAGGGCGUCGACAUUGAGCUGCCCAAGGUCAAGAUCCCCAAGGAAGAGCAGGAUCCGCACAGCAAGCGCCUGCUCAAGGUGUGCGACCUCUGGGACAACGAGUUCACCGACGAGCAGAUCAAGCGGGCGAGGCGGGCCUACUAUGGCGCCGUCAGCUACGUCGACGACUGCGUCGGCAAGCUGCUGGACGUGCUCAAGAAGUGCAGGCUGGACAAGAACACCAUCGUCAUCUUCAGCGGCGACCACGGCGACAUGCUCGGCGAACGCGGGCUCUGGUACAAGAUGAGCUACUUCGAGUCCUCGGUCCGCGUGCCCCUGCUCAUCUCGCACCCCACCCAAUUCACGCCGCACCGUGUCAAGGCCAACGUGUCGACCCUCGACAUCCUGCCCACCAUGUGCGACCUGGUCGGCACCAAGCCGGCCUCCUUCCUGCCCCUCGACGGCGUCUCCCUGCUGCCGCACCUGCAGGGCGUCCCCGGCGGGCACGACGAGGUGUUUGCCGAGUACACGGGCGAGGGCACGGUGCGCCCGCUCAUGAUGAUCCGGCGCGGCCGCUGGAAGUACAUCACCUGCCCCGCCGACGGCUCGCAGCUGUACGACCUCGAGGCCGACCCGCUCGAGCUCGUCGACCUGGUCAAGAGCGGCGCCGCCUCCUCCGACGAAAAGAUCCGCCGCGUCUUUGAGGAUUUUGAGGCCGAGGCGCACGCCAAGUGGGACUUUGACGAGAUCACGCGCCGCGUCCUCGAGUCGCAGCGCAAGAGGCGGCUGGUGUGGUCCGCGCUGAUCCGGGGCAAGUUUACCAGCUGGGAUUACAAUCCGAUCGACGACGGCCGGGAGAAGUACAUCCGCUCGCAUAUCCCGUUGGAUGAUUUGGAGCGUAGGGCGCGCUUCCCGGCUGUGGACGCAUUUGGAAACGAGACGAGCUCCGCCGUCGUUGCGCACCAAGCCGGCUCGCACGGGGAGUGAACUGGGGUAUUUGAUCUCAGCAGUUAAUGGUUCUACGAUGCUUUCUCUCCGUUCGAGUUCGGAACUUGAGUACAUACACAUACACGGAUAGCAUUCGGGCUGUUUUAGCGUGGCGUAGAGCGUUGCGAAAAGAAAAAAAAAGAACUUUCUUAACGAUGGUUUGACGCAUAUAUAGUAUAUAAUGAUGAAUUGCCCUGCGUUUCAACAACGGGUCCUUUAAC